AUGUUCCACGAAGUGACAAGAGAUGACGCACGCGAUGGUAUCGAUGCUGUUCUUGCGAAGAGCUCGCUUUGCGGACCACCAAUCAAUCUCGACUUCAUAGUCAACAUUGUGCGCGAUUCAAGGUUUAGAUGCGGAAAUACUACCACAAAAUCCUUAGAGUCGUUCAACUACGUGCCCAAGGCUAUCGACGUCAUCUCAGGCGGAUCGUAUACUCUGAUCCAGGACUACCCUGGGCGGCCAAGAGUUGGACAUGGCUUUGGACAUGCAGGCCCCAUGGAUGAUAUCGCUUUUCGUGCUGCCAACAUAUUGGUCGGUAACGAUACAGCUAAAGAGGUGCUUGGGGUUACUUUGAUCGGGCCUAAACUUCAUUUCCUGUGUGACGUCUCAAUGGCAUUGUGUGGACCACCGGUGACCAGCCUUCUUGACAGAAAACCUAUGGCUCAAUGGUCUGGAAUUCAUGUCUCCGCUGGCCAGAGAGUCACUAUUGGAAAGCUAACAGGUAAUUGUAGAGUCUACCUUGCCGCUGCUGGUGGCUUCCCCGGUAUCGCGGAGUGUCGCGGUAGUAAAGCUACGUGCCCCAUGGUCAACAUCGGCGGCUAUGACGGUAGGCCACUACGAGCUGGUGAUCUUCUCUCCAUCACCGAAGCGACUGCUGAAUCCAUUGUUGAAGAUGUUACUGUGUCCGAGAAUCUCAGACCUACAUAUACCUCCAACUGGACUGUCCAGGUCAUGCCAGGGCCAUAUGAGACAGGUUUCAUGACCCCCGAAGAUAUUGAGACCUUUUUUUCAUCGUCUUGGACCAUCGGUCACAAUGCAUCCCGAGGAGGUAUCCGAUUGAUUGGAGCUCGUCCAAAGUAUGCACGCUCAAGCGGGGGUGAAGGUGGAAGCCAUCCAAGCAACGUCAUUGAGUACGGUUAUCCUCUCGAUUAUGGCGAGGGCAACUUCGAUCUGAACCUAAAAGUCAGAACGCUGGCUUUGCAGAGAUUCUUCGAAGGUGCUACGGGUCGCAUAUCCUUGAAUGAGAGCGCUGGAGGUGCCAUUGUACAAACUCUGAGCCAGGCAGAACUUGUCGAGGGGCUGGUUUCGAUCGAACGCACUUUCGGAGACAUGCGAUCAAUGUCAGUUCCCAAUCGCCAUUUCAUGCUUCCUGUUACUUUCACGCACAGAAAGCUCAAAGAUGCCAUGGACCGAUACAUGACUAACCAGCGCCCCACUACCACAUAUCUUCCAGACCCAUUCAAGUACCUGGCUGAGAUCAAUGGUAUGUCGCCAGAUCAAUCGAAAGAGCAGGCUCUCAACAUCCGCGGUGGCGUUUUUGGAGUCGGGUUCUUCAUGGCUUUGUCAGUAUUACUCGCCGCAGAUCCCCGGCAACGCCUGAGAUGCCCAAAGAUGAAUCCCAGUCGAACUUACACCCCUCAAGGUUGUCUGGCCUGGGUUGGAUGCGCAAUGUCAAUCUAUCCGAUGGAUGCGCCAGGAGGUUAUAUACCUAUAGGAAUGACAAUGCCCAGUCCUUGGAUUUUCCAGAACAUGGAUACCGUUGGGUUUUACGAAGUCACCGAAGAGGAAUACGAUGCUGAGAUGAUGAGAUUCAAAUCAGGAAGCUACAAAUACAAGAUGGAAGAGAGCACGUUCGACUUGGCAGAACAAAAUGCACUAUUGAAGAGUACCGCUGAAGAAACAUCUUCACUGCUAGAAGUCUGCGGGAAAAUUCAAGACGAGAUGGCGAUCAAGGAGAAGAAAAUCUUUCAAGAGUGGCUGGAAAGCAAAGCUGCGACCAAUGUAUCCCAGGACAACAUAAACACUGACGAUCCCAACACCCACAUCGUUGAGCCUCUUGUGGACACCAACAUCGGGAAAGUUCUUGUGAAGGACGGAGAUGUCGUAAGGGCCGGACAGAAACUAGCUAUCCUUGAGGCUAUGAAGUUGGAGAUUGAUAUCUGUCUGGAUGCUCACAUUGAAAAGGAUACCAUACAAAAAGGGUUAACCCAACCCAGCGAUACAGUCGCUAAUGGAAGACCUUUAUUUGUCGUUUCAACGUUCUAA